AUAAUUCAGAUGACUAAAUAAGGAGGCUUUCAUAUAUAUACAACAAUUACUUUUAAUCUGAAAUUUCACAAAAAAUAUGCAUGUAACACAAAAUAGACCUCAAAGAAAACGCAAAGAAAGAAAGAUACACCUUUAGAAAUUGAUCAGACAGAAAGAAAUUAACAAUAAUACAUCUCAAGAAUAACUUCAUUAAAAAAACAAAAUCCAUUCAUAAGUUUAGAGCUAUCUUUAGAAAGACUACAGGAUUACACAUAUACAUAACAUUUUUAGUGCCUUGGAAUCCACAUAAAUACUAAAUAUGGCAUUAAAUACACUUGAAGGGUUCAUUUGCAAAAACAAAUAUCUCAGAUUUUAAUUAUUUUCCUAAAUCAUGUGUUUUUGUACACUCAAACUGGUACUUAUCUUCACCUACUGUAAGUUUGGUCUUUGGUUUGAAAAUCCAUCUCUAUUUCCUUCCUUUUUCCUAGUGUCUUUUUUGAUGCCGUGCAGUGGGCGGGGCCAAGGGAGUGACGGCGCCUGCAUUGUGCCUCUGCUCUGAUCCGUCUGGGACUCAGCCUUCUCACUUGUAACUGCCUCAUCUGCCACUGCAGAGCUCUCUCUCCCUCUUCCCUCUUCCCCCUCCCACUCUCAUUAUCUUUAUCUGUACACACACCUCCACUCCUUUUCCCUUUUUUUCUAGUUUUCUGCAUGCAUUCUGCAUCUUUACUCACUCCCCUCCCUGCUAACGGAGGUGGGCAAGCUUCCCAGAGCUGGUGCAUCUAGCAGGUGCAGCCUCUUUCUCUCCUCCCUCCCUCCCUGCCUCUCUGUCUCUCUGUUCCCUUGCUCUACCAGUGUGCACACACGCUCCGUCUGUGCCUGCGUUUUUUCCCCCCUUCUCAUUCGCUCUCUGUCUCUCAGCAGCGGCAGCUCAGGGAGGCAGCUGUAUGUUCGUCUGCAUCACAAUUGCCACAGGUAAAGACAGCUGCAUCGUCGGAUGUUGCAAACCCCACAAGGGGUAAGGGAGCCUUUGCUGCUGCGGUUGCAAGUCUUAAUCCCAGCGUGGGGUGCACAUUUCUAAUCAUCUCCAAGAAAGCAUCCUGGAGGGAAGGACGAGCAGAGGAUCCCAGCAACCCGACCAACAAAUCACAGGCUGACUCGAAAGAGCACAGGCUUUCAGGGACUGAGGAAAAAAACACCACUCAGAAAGAGAGAAGAGAGAAUCAGUGGGAUAAUUUUAAACAUUGUGGUCUCUUGUUUGUGUUUUUUCCUUUUAUCUCUUGCUUUCUGCUCUUUGUUUCAAUCAUUUUCAUCCACUCCCUGCUUCUCAUCCUAUUCCUCUCAUUUUAUCCCUCUGUGGCGGAAUGUUCCCUGCAAAUAGAUGAGAAGAGGUUUUCUGAGUGCUUGCUGCAGUAUUAACGGACAGUAUACUGAGACGGCGCUGAGCGGACAGCUUGGGGAAAUCUGAUCCACAGCCGGCUGGAGAAGGAACGGGAUCACGCGUCGCAGUUGCAGAUUUAUCCGCCCUGUGAUACCACUGCGUGACAACACCCCUCAUUCUUUUUUUCCCCCCUCUCCCUCUCUCUGUCCUCAUCUGAGGUGUUGCUUUUUGACUGGAUCUGGAAUAUUAAUUGGAUUCUACUGCUUUAUUUUUAGCCUCACUGGGAUUUAGAGCACACAUAAAGGAAACAAAGUAGGUUUGGAUCCAAAGAGUGAUAAAUAAAAAAUUCUCAAAAAAGGAGAGGCUGAUUGAAAAGCAACGGGCAACAAAGAUAGUGGAUAAUCCAAGGAGCACUCCUUCAAUUAGGAAAGAGACAGAUUUUGGGAGCUGAGGGACGCUGACUCGGCUAAAGCUGUUGGAACAGGCUGCAUUGGGAAACAUCUUUCAUUUUUUUGGUCCUGCACAGGGUGGGGAAGCAACCAAGACCCACCCUGCAAGUUUCACUCCCCUGAUUAGACAAUACUGUCCCAUCGUGGAUUGUACAUGGAGGGGACUUACAUGCAUGUCAAGUAGAAAUAGCUGUGGAUUUUUGCUGCAGUGGCAUCAGAACACAGAUACCACACAUGCACAGAUGUAAAGCUGUUCCUUCCACCCAUCUCUCUCCUGUCUCUCUCUUUGUCCCUCUUUCUCCUUGCUAGAAGCAUCACUUCUUCUUCUUCCUCUGGCUCACCCUGCUGUAAACGUUCUUGAAGUUUACUUUUACUUCAGUUGGACAUUGGGAGUUGGGCAGGACUAAACGUGGACAAAUCAGGCGAUUAUCUGUCAACGCCAGCUCUCCCAUUUCUUACUAGGUGUUUCUGAGUGUGAGGGUGUGUGCUUGUGUGAUUGUGAUUGUGUGUCUGCAUGUAUCUCCUGCACCCCUCCCCUUCUCUCUAUUCUCGGACAUAUUUGUGUAUGUGUUAUUGAGCAUCUGAUUCCUGUGGGGUCCUUUUGUAGCCAUUUCUUCACCUUUCCCUUUGUCCCUUCUCAAUGUCCGACAUUGUUGGAAACCUUUCUGCCAUUUGCUAUCGAUGCCUAUCACAGGGUUAACCCUCAAUGAGCCAUAAAGGACGGCAGGGAAGGAUGAGUGAGUGUUCUGGGGCAGCUGUUUCCGGGGCGGUGAUCCUGGAGGAACCUGAGGCUUCAGGGGCUUCAGGGGGCCGUGGUGAGGGUCAGGCCCAGGAUCAGGGUCCCCUUCGCUGUGCGGUUUGGCCUCGCCAGCAGACAUGGCUGUGUGUGGUCCCCUUACUUAUCGGUUUCAUUGGCCUUGGAUUGAGCCUGAUGCUGCUGAAAUGGAUUGUUGUUGGUACAGUACGGGAUUACGUGCCAACAGACCUGGUGGACGCUAAUCGAAUUGGUCAGGAUCCUAUCUUCCUCUCCAAGCCAAGCGGGAUUCCCAAAAGUCCCGAUACUACCACCACCACAACUACUCCUACAAUUGAUGGCGGGAACCCCACGCCUAGAACUGUAACUGUUGCGAAAGGUAGAACUCGUUCCACUGCUACAACCACUACUAUAAACCCUAGAGGGGGUGGAGCCUCGGGUAGCCAAGUAACCCCUCGGAAUCCUUUGAAUCGUAACGGACGUGGCCCUUCGGGUUUUACUACAACCACUACAGUGCCACGGACAACCUUCAUAAUUGGAGGGGCAACAUCUAGCCCCUCACCGUCCAAUCCAACUGUACUCCAUGACUCUACGCAGAUGUGGACACCGGAGCAAACUACUACUGAGACGGUCUCCACCACGCUCCCCACACGUACGCACAGCCACCGCAAAACACCAGCAUCUCCAACUGUCCCUCCGCUGCACUCGGAGCAUUUCAAACCCUGUCAUGAGAAGGAUCUGGCCUACUGCCUAAACGGUGGCGAAUGCUUUGUCAUCGAGACGCUUAGUGGGCCGCACAAGCACUGCAAGUGUCGAGAAGGCUACCAAGGAAUCCGCUGUGACCAGUUUCUGCCCAAGACAGACUCCAUCCUGUCUGACCCAAUUGAUCACUUGGGCAUCGAGUUUAUGGAGAGCAAAGAGGUGUACAAGAGACAGGUGCUGUCAAUCACAUCCAUCGCCAUGGCGAUCAGCCUCCUGGGAACCCUGUGUAUGGCCCUCUACUGCCGCAACAAGAGGCGCAGAGAGAAGCUCCAGGCCCACCUGAAGGAGAAUCGCAGUUUGAAAAACUACACUGCUAAUUCCCAUAAUGCCCUGGAUGCCAAGAUGAGGGCCCCUAACACCAACCUGCAAAUGCAUGAGUACUGCAAACGGUCCUCCCAGUCCACUACGCCAUCCACCAGCUCCAGAGGCACAGCAAAACAUCACAGAAGUGGUUCCUUGUCUCACAGUCCAGAUCAGAGAACCCGGGAAGCCCAUUGGUCAGCUCCACGCAGGACCCCGCCCAUAACCAGGGGAAGGCUAAAUCCGAUUGGAGGAUCCAAGUAUUCAGGCCCUGCCUACCAACACCUUCAAGAAGUAGACUCAUCUGAAAAGGAGGCUGAAGCACAAAGAGGUUGCCAAAUGCAGGGAGCGAACCAAUGUGACGACCCCAGACGAGAUGCCUUCCUACAUAUGCGAACUCCUGUUUCCAAGGAGACAACGUCGCUGUCGCCUUGGAGCGGCCGCAUGGAGGAGCAUUCGGGGCUGUGCGCUCCAUCCGAGCACAACGAUCUGAAUCCCACCUCCCGCAGCCUGCGCAGGCCUGGACGCCGGCCCAGCCACUCCCCGCCUCCUCCGUUUCGCUCCUGCUCUAUCCCCAUCAUCCCCUCCGUCCAGUGUCACCAUGACAACGAGGUGUCAUGUAUGCAAACCAGUGUCACCUCGGCAACCACAGCGAUGUCAAUCACCUGCGGACCCAUGCCCUGCAAGGAAGGGAGGAGAGAGAAGGUAGCACAUGCCACAUUGUCUUCUUCUUCCUGCUCGUCCGCCAUUGGCCAGCAGCAGAAUGAGGUGGCGCUGCUGCUGGAGGAGGCGCAGGAGCAGCUCAGGGCGUUGGCUCACAGGAAGCAGGAAGAGGGCGCGAUCAGCAGCGGCUCGAUGGCUGCGCUGAUGGAGGCCAGAGAAACGGUUUGCUUCCUGAACCUUAACGGAGGAAUUGCUGGGGCGCUGAGCUGCAACGGACCCACGCAGACCCAGUUACUUAGCCCCAGCCUAUCACACAGAGACCUGGGCCAAACCAGCCAAUGAAAGGACACGAUUUAGGACAUGCACUUUCGGUUUGACAGUGUUUGACAGACUCUGGUGUUCUGCAUCUGUGGGACGCAAAUGGAAAUGCUGAAUUUAAAAAAAAUGUAAUAUCAUGGAAAUUCUGAAAAUAUGCUGAUGAUAUGCAUACUGUGUGGAUACAAACAUAUAAACACUUCUUGAGUGGCCGCCUUUACACCGACUGACAGUACGGAAAAAGAAAAAAAAUAUUUACAUGCAUUUAUUUACAAAACAAGAGAAACACUUCUACUUAGGCAAAAAGAAACCAAAUAGUCUGUCAAAUCCAUGGUGUUUUUAAUUGUAAAAAGAAUAUAUAAAUAUAUAUAUAAAUAUAUAUGGAUAUAAAUAUAUGGAAUUCAAAAUGUGACAAGUACAGAGUUGAAGAACACAGGAAUGAUGUAACUAUUUUUCUUUUUUGUUUUCCUCUCCCUGUUUUGUAUUAACUCUGUCACAUUUUGGUUCUUGCUCAAUUCUAUCAAAAGAACUUCAUUAAUGUCCCGACGCACGUCCACGAGCCAUGAGUCUGAUUCUGUGAGCCUGCACAGAAUCCAAAAUGGCUAACGAGGAGGGAGCCUCCACACCAAUCCCCCCCUCUUUCCUUUUGAAAACCUGUCUACCCAGCCAAGAAUUACAGUACAGCCCUCUGUGGUAACCAACAACACUUGGAGGAUUUACGACACAAAACAAAAACUCCCCAGCUGUGUGUUUGCGUGCGUGCUCAAGUGCAGCGAGGGAGAGAGGGAGAAGAAGAAAAAACUGGAAAGACUUCUUCUACACUUGGUCAGAUUUGGGAGGUCAGAUUGUUAAAGACAGCCCAGAUGCUGACUCCCCUUUGGCCAGUGUUUCAAACCAAUUCUAGAUUAUUUUUGUUUUUGUUACAAAUUAUAUUUUCACACACAUAUGCACACACACACUCACCUGUGCAUUAUUUUUCCGUUUGUUGGCUGGUCGAAUGAAUGGACAGAAGGACGGAGGGCUAAGGGGCACCACAGAAGCUAAUCUGACAUUUUUUAGUUUAUUUUAGUUUUUCAUUUUUGGUUAUUAAUGAACAAUGCUGCUUUCUGAGGCUGAUGGGAGGGAGAACCGUAGGGUUUGGGUACUGAAACAAGAAAUAAAUGUCUCUAUGUUGUAUCCUAUGAAUUGGAAGCUUUUGAAUCUCUGUAUGAAGUUACACCCAAAUGUUUCUGGUGACAAACAGUAAAAAAAAUGGUUGCAAUUCUGGUAAAGAUUUUUCAAAAUAACAGUUGUUUUGGUUGAUUGCUUGGAAGACAUUUUGACUCCUUAAAAGCACCCUGUCCAAACAUGCAUGCUGGAUAGCAUCAGUCUGGUUUACACCGAUAUACUAUACUUAUCCUUUGGCCUUUUCACACACAACCUGGUCUAAACUGGCUUGAGACCAGUGUUCACAAAGUUCUUUAUCUUACCGGUAAAAGUAGCUGGUAGUUACCUCUUUUCACCAUGCUGCUAGAAAUACAGAAAUCAAUGAUAAAUGAUGUUUUAAAAUAUGGUUACAUUUCAGAAAUGCCAUACUAUACAUCCAUUUAUGAAAAAACCUUGAUACUUACAUGUCAAAACACAAAUGUUUCCAUCCACAUAACUUUGUGUCCAUUGACGUCGUGGAGCUUAAAACUGGUUUUAAUUUCAGAGAUAAACAGCAUCUAUUACUUUUAUUCCAGCAUAGUUUUUGCAAGAGCAGCUGUCUCUUUACAGAUGUUUGAUGAAAUGAAGAUGACAUGAAUGAGGAGGAAAGCUGGCCUUGCUACUGAGGAAUUCAACCAAUGUGAUUGUGGUGGUUCUAUUAAAAAUGGGCACCAAUAGGAGGAAAAAAUGGACAAGGAAAUUGUUGUGGAUGUUUUGGUCUCCAAGACCUUGCAAAUAAAUUGGAACUUUUCAAAUUUAUUUGAUCAAAAAAUGUUUGAUUUGGAAAAACAAGCCAACUUAUUUGUAAUCGCAAAGUAAAAGCUCCAACUUUCUACAAUAAGCAGAAGUAGCAACAAUAUUCUGUUUUUAGCUCCAUCAAAGUCACCGAAAAGGGGUUAGGUGCUUGCUUUCAAAGGUUUACUCUUGAACACUUUAAAACAUGUGUGACUUCUGGAUAUUGUUUUUGAUAUGAAAUAAGUCUUACAUUGAACACUCAAAGCAGCCCUCCUUCAAGCUUUGUGAAUGUGGCUUCCUGCUUUCAGCCAACAUGUUACCAUCUUCUGUACUCAACAUGGUCCUUUCUAUGGCACUUUGCCACGUGUGUGACCGACACUCUUCAGUUCAGAAAGGUCUGAUUCAAUAAUGCGACACUCUGGAUAAGUUCACAGUACCUGGAAAUUCACACUCUCUUAUCGAAUCUCUCACAAUGGCUGAUCUUCGGGAACAUUCACCACUCAGCUCUGCUAUCUUUUUUUUUUUUUUUUUUAAUACACGCCUGAAAGGCAAGGCUAAAUCUUAUUCAACACACACUAGCACACAUAAAUCAGCCCAGAGCUUUCUUUCUUUCUUUUUAUUUGAAGACUGAGUUUGCCAUACUGCCAUUAAACCCUCAAAAGGCGCUUUUCUAUAUCACUUGCUGAACCUCAACAGUUUUGGUUAUUUGAUACUGAUGACCAUGAAAUCCAUAAUGUCCUCACCAGAACCAACACUGGUGAUUCAUGGAGGUUGAUGUGCACAGACACAGUGCAAAAAAAUGUGAAUUUGUUUGUUUGACCAACUGUAAUCAGUGUAUGAGCUUUUAACAGAUAAAAGUCUGCAAGAAU